GUGAAGGAGCCGAGGACGAAGUACUUGGAGGAGAGCAGACGCAUCCUCUGUGCAGUGGUGGUAGCAAAAUCUCCCAGUGAGCGUCGGAUUCCUCCUGGACUUUGGGCUCAUUUCUCUGAUUACCAUUACUUAUUUGUAUUUGUGGUAUCCGAUACUUGGAUCGUAAUGUGGAUUUACAAGUUACUGCUGACUCUCUCCGUGCUCUCUUACUCAGAGGGUAGAAGAAAUGCACUGCAAGACUACCAGAGGACCGAUGGCAUGCGUCUGUUUGGCACAUCUCCAAGCUCCUCCCACCUGACCAAAAGUAGGAGGGUCAGCAUGGCCAAGUGCGCUCGGAUCUGCAGCCGCAACAAAAAACUCCCUUUCACCUGCAGAGCGUUCCUCUAUGAUCAGCAAAACAGGAAAUGCCAGUGGCUGUCUUUUGACCGUAACUCGCCUGUCGCCCAGAUGCAACACGACUUGAACGUCCAACUGUAUCAAAAGAAAGACUACAUUCGCGAGUGCAUCAUUGGUACCGGUGAGAGCUAUAGAGGUCGACGGAAGAUGACAGUCACUGGAAUCCUGUGCCAGUCCUGGGCCUCCCCUAUUCCUCAUGAACACAAAUUCAUGUCCAAGCGCUUCAGCAAGAAGGACCUCAGGGAGAACUACUGUCGAAACCCGGAUAACUCCACCGUUGGACCGUGGUGCUUCACCACCGACCCUCGCCACAGACACCAGGAGUGUGGAAUACCGCAGUGCUCUCAAGUGGAGUGCAUACAUUGCAACGGGGAGGAAUACAGAGGACCCAUGGACCACACAGAGAGUGGAAAAGAAUGUCAACGCUGGGACCUGGAGGAGCCGCACAAGCACUUGUACCAUCCCGACAGGUAUCCCAACAAGGGCCUUGAUGAUAACUACUGUAGGAAUCCAGACGGACGCCAAAGGCCCUGGUGCUUCACCACGGACCCAAACACAAGCUGGGAAUACUGUGCCAUCAAAGUUUGUGAAUCUCCUCUCAAAAGGACCACAGUGGAAACCAGCGAGUGUUAUCAGGACAAAGGAGAAGCUUACAGGGGGACGGUGGACAUGACCCCCACUGGUCUCAACUGCCAACGCUGGGACUCUCAGUACCCCCACAACCACUCCUUCAUCCCGCAGGCAUACACUUGCAAGGAUUUGAAAGAAAACUACUGCCGGAAUCCAGAUGGCCAAGAAUUCCCAUGGUGCUUUACAACGGACCCGAGAGUACGCACCAUGUUGUGCACCAACAUCCCUCAGUGCGGCUCCCAAAACAAGCCUGACUGCUACGAAGGCUUCGGAGAGAAAUACCGAGGGGAGCAGUCGAGGACAAGAUACAAACUGCUUUGCGCCCCUUGGGGGGAGCACAGCAACAGCGGUGAGAGAGGAGUGACAGUUGCAGGCCUUGAGAGGAACUACUGCAGAAACCCUGAUAAGGACAAGCAUGGACCAUGGUGUUACACCAACAGUUCUGCCAUUCGUUGGGACUACUGCAACGUGAAACCAUGUGAUGCUUCCCAGAACACAAUUUCACUAGGUGAGCUGUCCUCUGUUGGCUGUUUUGUCCAUAAGAGGCCCCGAAUCGUUGGAGGAGGUCCGGUGAGCGUGUCAGCCGGCAGCUGGAUGGUCAGCAUACAAAAAGGGCCAGCGCACUGGUGUGGGGGUUCGCUGGUACGAGAAGAGUGGGUGCUCACAGACAGACAGUGCUUCUCCUCAUGCGUUCCGGACCUAAGCGAGUAUCGGGUGUGGCUGGGCGUGUCCAAUAUUGCAGCCAACACGUCCGAUUGGGCAACGAGACAGGAAGUGCGCAUCGCGCAGGUGAUAUGUGGCCCCGAUGGUUCCAGUUUAGCCCUGCUAAGGCUCUCCAAGCCUGCACUCCCCGCUGACAACGUGCACACCAUUCAGCUGCCCGUAGACGGCUGCUCCAUCCCUGAAGGAACCCUCUGUAAAAUGUAUGGAUGGGGGGAGACCAAAGGUACAGGCCACGACAAUGUCCUGAAGGCAGUCAACCUUCCGAUGGUGAGCAACGAACGAUGCCGAGAGCUGCACCGGGGCAGCCUGCACAUCACAAAUAGCAAAAUCUGUGCGGGAGGACGCAGGAACGAGGGCGUGUGUGAGAGGGAUUACGGCGGUCCUUUGGUGUGUCAGAACGGUGAAAUCAAAGUCGUGGUUGGUGUGAGCGUCCACGGCAGAGGUUGCGCCCGUUUCAACCGGCCCGCCAUCUUCAUCAACGUGCCGUUUUACACACAAUGGAUCUACAAAGUCUUCAGGCAUUACCCCGAGCCGGACCUGAGCACCGCAUAACACGUAGCCAGGUUGUUACGCCGACAUUGGAGCUGGCAAAACUACUUGGGAGGACUCCUUGGCGUGUAGUUUGUAUGCGGAUGAGAGGAUUCCUUCAUAAUGGUGGAUGACGAAGACAAAUGGAAGAUUUAAACACACCGGGAACAGAUGUCACACUCACUCUGACAGCAAACGAUGGUAAUUAACCCCCCCCCCCAAAAAAAAUACCCAUCUGCUAUUCAGGUGUUUAGUAGGGAAUAAAAGCAGCUAAUAGUAACAAGAUGGCAGCCAAAUCCCAAUAUAACAUUUUACACAAUGGUGGUUUAAAGUUUCGUGAGUGACGAAAAUUUUUCAAACUUUGCUGUUAGAGAACAUUUCUCCGUGUUUCUGUUAAAAAGUGAAUUUUGAAUAGCAAACAGUUUAUGGAUGAGAUACAUCGGAGUACAUGGGCCACUAUAAAGAGAAACAAAUAAGGUUAAAGGUAAACUAGCUGCUAAAAUAUUAAAAAAUAGAAUUGGAUUUUUUUCUGAAAAAAAGUCAUGAUACUGAAAGAGCCAAGCUGUAAUUUUUUACUCUGCAAGGGCUGAGGAAAACAAUUCAGAUUUUUACAGAAAGGCAUAUGAUGAUCUAAUUCUGUGAGAACAAAAUCAUAGGAUUGCGAGAAAAGAGCUGCAGACUUACAAGAAUAAAUGGGUCAUUUGUAUGACAUGAAAUAAAAGAAAAUAAGUGGAAUUUUUACUGCGGGAAUGAUUUAAUAUUCCCCAAAAAGUAAUGUUGCUUUAUUUGACAAAAAAAAAACAAAACAAUUUUGUUGUAAAUUAAAACGUAUACAUUGUUGUUGUUACGUUACAGUGUUUCAUCAUGGCCUAAUACUCGGAAUUCAAAACAAUUCCAAAAGCCAACUGGAGAUCUCUUCAGAAAUUCUUGAUGCUCAAUAUUCCUCAGAAACAUGAAAAGUGAAGCGGCAACUUUUGUAAAACACAAAUUUGGCAUCCUGCAUUUGUGGGUCAUGUAUUGUUUUUUAUUUCGUAUUUGGGGCAGAAAUUAAAAAAAAAAAAAUCCAGUGUUGUUCCCACACAAACCUGUACUCUGAAUAAAACAUAAAGCGCAUAAUACAUGCCCCUUUUGCUGACUAUGAUGGGGCACUGCCCCUCAUGCGGCGGCACACUGGUACUGAAACACACAAAGGAUGUGCUGCAUGUAUGAAUACUUUGGAUUCCUGGCAUUACUUGAAACCUUUGAACACCAACGUGUGGUGGCUCGAAGGCGCCCCCGCCGGAGCACAUUUGGCAGCCCGCUCGGCAGGCCACACUAGUCCUUUUGUGUACAUAGUAUUUAAUGAGCGUGUUUGUGGCACUCCAUGUUGGGUCUUAGAGACCUUUGGCGGAAGAGAGAAGCGAAUGUCCGAGAGAGUAUUCAGCCAUUCAUUCACACUGUAGAUUUCAGUUCAGUCUUUGUUAAAUGUGUGCGUGCGUGCCUGCAUGCGUGUGUGUGUGUGUGUGUGCGUGUGUGUGUGUAUUUUUUUUAAGCCAAUAAACCUCACAUCCAUUCAAAGCCACUGAUUGAUGUCUAUAUACUUGUAUAAAUACAAUACUGUAUCGUAUAUGGAUUAUGUUUUUUUUUUCCCAUGUGUUCUGUUCUGUGUCUGUCAUAAAGAUGUACAACCAUCUGCGCUCACACUCACACCUUGGGACAAUUUAGAGUGUUCCGUUAACCUACCAUUCAUGUUUUGGAUUGUGGGAGGGAAGUGGAGAACCCGGAGAAAACCCACGCAGGCAUGGGGAGAACAUGCAAACUCAACACAGGAAGGCCGGAGCCGCAAUCAAACCCUGCACCUAUGCCUUGUGAGGCCGACGCGCUAACCAGUCGAUCCCAGGGCCACCUAAUAAGGCUUAUCUCAUCCAACAACAUGAAACAAAAACAAAAAAAAGAAUUUGUAACAAAAUAAUUUUCAAUACUCAGAAGAACCAUUUUUUUUAAUACAAAACUCAUGACUAUGAAUCAGAAGUUUUACAUUUAUUUAGUAUGGUCUUUAAAACUCUUACAUUUUGCUUGUAUGCUGUCAUGCUGGAAAAUCAAGCCUUCCUUUUGUUAAUGUACGUAUGUACAUGUAAGUGUUUUAUCAACGUUUGGGAAUGUUCUCACCUCCUGUUACCAUGCCGGUGUCGAGGGUAAAGCUCAACUUUCCACACUGAUGUCAUAGCGUCCGAUAGAAUUUGUAACAAGCAAGCGAUCUUUGUGCCCAUCCCGACUUGCAAAACUUGGAAAAAACCACUGAAGGAGGAGGAUGACCAUCUACAUGUGUUUGUGUCCGCCUGUACAGAAGUUUUUUUUUCUUCAGUAUAACCCAUCCACUUUCAAGUUAAACCCUUUCCUACCUAAUAUACAACAUGUAAAACCCCCUUUUUUAUGUUAUGUGACUUAGCGUAUCAUGUGUCUCACCUAUUAAAUGUUUUUGUCAUCAAA